AUGCCUCAAGGGCAGAAGCGGCUCUCCUACUUCUGGGGAAGUUCUUCCUCGAAGCGCGAACACACCAGUGAGGACUUGAAUGGGACGUCUCCUAGAACUGAGGAGAAUGCCAGCCCCACACAGAUACGGACGGCACACGCCUUCAAGAAGACCAAGGGCCUGCUCAAGCAGCUUCGCAGCACCUUCGGAAACAACGACCGCCACGAUUCGGCUCAGCAACUCAUGGAGUCGCGUAUACAGAAACCGAAUGAGAGUGUCGCCAUGUUUGCGGAGGACAUGACCCGCCUAUUUCAACGAGCUGACCCUGAGUUGCCUGAAGCCAAGAAACUCCGACAUUUGAUGCGAGGCGUCAAAGAACAACUCUUUGCCGGUCAUCUUCGCAACCCGCCGACAACCGUUGCGGAAUUUGUCCAGGAGGCUACAACUAUCGAGCGAGCACUACAGCAACGGUGCCGCUAUUACGACCGACCAAACAACGCCUCGAACAGCGUCUCUGCUCUGACGGCCGGCUGUGAGGGUGCUCUACGUGAGCUCAUCCGCGAGGUUGUUCGUGAAGGGAUCCGCAACCUCCUUGUGACUCCGCAAGAACCUGCAAUGGCUUCGGUUGCAGAAGUUGUACGACACGAGGUCAGGCAAGAAUUUUCUUUGCCCGAAUCGCUACCAGACCAGCGAUCUGUUAACUAUGCGUCGGCCGUCCGUCGCCCAACGCCAGUGUCGCACAACUCGUCUCCUCUGGCUCAUACUUGCAACCAGCCGGUGAUCCCAUCGUACAUUCCACCGCCGCCCGAGCCGGUGAUUCCAGCGUACAUUGCACCGCCGCCGCCGCCGACUCCACAGCUCAAUGCGCAUACGGAAACAUCGUCGUUCUACGCUCCGCCAACGUCUGCAGCCUGGUCGCAAAGGAUGGCCACCAGUCGACCAUUUGUUCAGAUCUCAGACUUUUGCGCCGACCUUUCCAUCUGCUCGUUUUGA